ACUUCAUAAAUUUUGGUCCUACGGAUAUCCCAAAAUUGGCGUAAUCGAUUUUGUGUGUUUUUUUAUUUAUUUUAUUUCGCUUCUUCACGUGUGCUUUUUUCUCUUUCCCUCUUUACUUAUCAUUAUGAGUAUGACAAUACGUACAUAUGUAUGUACUUUUCUUUCUAUUGAAUUUUUUUGUGAUAGUUGAAUAACUUUUCUAUUCUCGCUAAAAAUCAUUAUAAGUCAGUACGUGUUCAAUCCACCAAGAUCGUUGUUGACUUUUCUGUUGCUCUUUCUGCUUUUGUCAUUGAGCUAUCAUCAAUUUAGUACUGUAGAAUUAAAAUUUGUUAGUAAAUAUUUUAUUUACAAAUUCAUAACAAUCUACAAUAAAUAAAAAAGAACUUACUUCUCGAAUAACUGAAUAAAUUAAAAAAAAACUAAAAAAAUGGCAGCAUCGGAUCCAAAUAUGACUCAACAGGGACAAGUUUUUGACUCUAAUUGUAUGACAUUAACACGAUUUGUUUUGCAUGAGCAAAGAAAAUUUAAGCACGCAACAGGUGAACUAUCACAGCUUCUUAGUUGCAUUCAAACAGCUAUUAAAGCUAUUGCAUCAGCUGUGCGAAAAGCUGGUAUAGCUAAAUUACAUGGAAUCGCCGGAGAUACAAAUGUUCAAGGUGAAGAAGUUAAAAAGCUUGAUGUUUUAUCAAAUGAACUUUUUAUAAAUAUGUUAAAAAGUUCAUACACGACAUGUUUAUUGAUUUCCGAGGAAAAUGAAAAUGUUAUUGAAGUGGAAACAGAACGCAGUGGAAAAUAUGUUGUAUGCUUUGAUCCAUUAGAUGGCAGUUCGAAUAUUGAUUGUUUGGUAUCAAUUGGUUCAAUAUUUUCGAUCUAUAGAAGACAAUCUGUUGAAGGGGCACCAAUUUUAAGUGACGCAUUGCAGCCUGGUAAUCAAAUUGUGGCCGCUGGUUACGCAUUAUACGGUUCAGCAACUGCAUUAGUCAUAAGUCUAGGUAGUGGAGUUAACGGUUUUACAUAUGAUCCAGCAAUUGGUGAAUUUAUUUUAACUGAUGCGAAUAUGACAAUACCUGAAAGAGGAAACAUAUACUCAAUAAAUGAAGGAUACAGCUCAACAUGGGAAAAAGGAGUGUUUGAUUAUGUUCAAUGCAAAAAGGAUCCUUCGAAAGGCAAAACAUAUGGGGCCCGUUAUGUUGGGAGCAUGGUUGCUGAUGUUCAUAGAACCAUUAAAUAUGGCGGUAUUUUCAUAUACCCUGCAACGAAAUCGGCACCAAACGGCAAGUUACGCUUAAUGUAUGAAUGUAAUCCAAUGGCAUAUAUUAUUAAUCAAGCAGGUGGUAUGGCAAGUACUGGGAAAGUUAAUAUUUUGGAUGUUGUUCCACAAAAAAUUCAUGAAAGAUGUCCGGUAUUCCUUGGUUCUAAAAAGGAUGUUGAAGAAGCAUUGUCAUAUUUAAAUUAAAAAUGGUUUAGAAAAUUAAAUAAUCAAAUAGACAAUAAUAAGAAGUCUUGACAAAAAACUUUUUAUAUUUAAGACAUUUUUUGAAGAAUGACAUUUUUUUAUCUGAAUAAAAUUUUAUACUUAUCUCA